GUGGUCCUGGGGGCUGAGCAUCCGAUAAACGCUUACAGGCCCACCAGGGCACAGGCUCCCGAGAGGCCUCACCCAGUCACUGUCAGAUCCAGCGUCUCCAGAGGCAGGAGGUGGUAAAGGAAGAAGCUGCAGGACAAAAAGUUGUGUAUUAAAGAUGAGCAGGGACGCAGAAGGUGACCAGACAACUGGGAAAAGUCAGCAUUGUGAGAGGUACCAAAUUUGAUGUACUGCUCAGAGUUAAUAGACAAAAAGAAGAUUUCAGAGAGAUUUGAAAAUAUUUGAUGUAGCAGUUUAGACUUGUCUUGGCAGAGGGAAUUAAGGAUACCUUGUUCUCAGUAUUGCCAGAAAUUAAAGUUCUGUUAAGUCAUUCUGAUAAAAAAAAAGUCGAGACAGUUUCCAGGAUGUUUCUGCAGACUUUAAAAAAUGGAUAACUACAAUUGCAUCAAAUUUGUCCAGCGAUCUGAAGAUGGAACAUGCACAGUUGUAUUUUAUGGAACUAGUAUAAUCUUGAUGCUGAAAGCAGACACGGUUAGUAUGAGAAAGGAACAUUAUAGCCAUUCUUAUUCAUGAAUUCUUAUGAAUUAGGAGAUAUUAAGCUGAAUCCAACUAUGUACACAAAAGAUCAUCAUUCAAAAAAAUUAUUUCAGCUGUCAAGGUAGGUUUAACACUGGAAAGUUUGUGACUGUAAUUCCUAUUAGGAGAGUAAAUGAGACAAAGAAUCAAGUGAGCACCUCAGAAGAGACACAGAACACAUCCGUGGAAUGGCUGACCAUCGUGGUUAAGAAGCAGACCAAGAGCUGAGGGAACAGCAUCACUACCUGAUGGGAAUCCGAGCCCGAAUUUUAGAAACUCUGGUCAUGCUCAUCCUCCUGGCCUUGCUUAUUCUUGGGAUCGUGUGGGUAGCCUCAGCACUCAUUGACAAUGACGCUGCCAGCAUGGAAUCUUUAUAUGAUCUCUGGGAGUUCUAUCUACCUUAUUUAUAUUCCUGUAUAUCAUUGAUGGGAUGCUUGUUACUUCUCUUGUGCACUCCAGUCGGCCUCUCCCGCAUGUUCACUGUCAUGGGGCAGCUUCUGGUGAAGCCAACAAUUCUUGAAGACCUGGAUGAGCAGAUUUAUAUCAUUACCCUCGAGGAAGAAGCGCUCCAGAGACGACUCAGUGGACUGUCUUCAUCAGUGGAAUAUAACGUAACAGAGUUGGAACAAGAACUUGAAAAUGUAAAGAUUCUGAAGAAAAAAUUAGAGAGGCGCAAAAAGGCUUCAGCGUGGGAAAGAAACUUGGUGUACCCUGCUGUUAUGGUUCUUCUCCUCACUGAGACAUCCAUUUCUGUCCUCUUGGUGGCUUGUAAUAUUCUUUGCCUGUUGGUUGAUGAAACAGCAAUGCCAAAGGGAACAAGGGGGCCUGGAAUAGGAAAUGCUUCUCUUUCUGCUUUUGGUUUUGUGGGAGCUGCACUCGAAAUCAUUUUGAUUUUCUAUCUUAUGGUGUCCUCUGUCGUCGGUUUCUACAGCCUCCGAUUUUUUGGAAAUUUUAUUCCCAAGAAGGAUGACACAACUAUGACAAAGAUCAUUGGGAAUUGUGUGUCAAUCUUGGUUUUGAGCUCCGCGCUGCCUGUGAUGUCAAGAACACUGGGAAUCACUAGAUUUGAUCUACUUGGAGACUUUGGAAGGUUUAAUUGGUUGGGAAACUUCUAUAUUGUGUUAUCCUACAAUUUGCUUUUUGCUAUUGUGACCACAUUGUGUCUGGUCAGAAAAUUCACCUCUGCUGUGCGGGAAGAACUCUUCAAGGCCCUAGGGCUUCAUAAACUGCACUUAUCAGAUACGCCAAGGGAUGCAGACACAGCAAAGCCUUCUGCAAAUGGGCAUCAGAAAGCACUGUGAGACCCCAGCACCACGCUGCAGUCAAGACCCGAGCACCCCACACUCGUGACAUUCCCGCCAGUCGGGGCCGUCCCGCUGACCGUGGUCCAUGUGUCCGGCCUGGGCCUGUGUGUGUCCCCGUCUUCAUAGUUUGAGGGCUUGGCUGUCGCAGGUCGUCUCCGUUCUGUUUGCCUUUGUGUGGACCUUGUCGUUCCCAGCCAAGCGCAGGCCCCUCUGGGCGGUGCAUCUUCUGGGGGCCAUGCUGGCUUGCGGUAGCUGUGCAGCUGUGAGGACGUGAGAAAAGGCCACUUCGGGGCUUCUAAGGAUUCAUUUAAAUCUCAGUAUACAGUCCAUUCAAAGUGUAGACACCUACAUGAAAGGCAUCCUUCCUUAGUCCUCAGACGGGCAGUUUCUGCAAAAAAAUGGAAGUGUAUAGGUGUUACUGCAGUGCCUGCAUUGAAACUGUAAUGGUUGCAAAUGACAUUUUCUACUUCCUUCAAGAAAAAAACAAAAGCAUAGUUCUGACUUACGUUACCGAAUAUUGACUGGAAUUUGAGUUAAGAGAAAAAUAGAAAACUCUUCUAAACCUGAGCCUUGGUAGAAUGCCACAGGAAUCCGUCUACUGUCCAGUGUAAUAAGCUAUGGUAGGAUGUGUUACGUCAUCAUAUUUUCUGACAGUUUAUGUGUAAAUAAUUCAAUAUUACCUCUCACAACAUAGUUGCCAGUGUUGAACACACUUGUAACUUAGAUUUUGCCUUACAGGCUGUAUGUACGCUCAGUUUUUUUAAAACAUCUUUUCAGAAAUCCCGUCAUUCCCUGUGCUUCUGUGUCCAUCAUGGAACCGUAAAUCCUCUGUGGUAGAAACCCCUUCUUUCACCUUCGGUCACUUCUGCACAUGCCAAGUUAAACCUCAGACUUACAAAAGUGAUCAUUUAACACCAGAACACACAGCGUCAGCCAGCAUUCGUGGUGUCGGGACAGUUCUGCAGUGUAUCAUGACCUCACGCUCAUUCGGUUAUUAAAUUGUAAAUAAUUAUGGGGACAGGUUCUUGACUUCAAGUCCUCUGAGUAAAAGCUAUACCAUGGCCCUCUGUGUCACCGUCUGCUAGGUUAGAGCGUCAGAAGUCGUGCAUGCAGAAGUGGGAGGUGGGUCCUUCACACGCAGUUCACAUCGUGAGGCCUCUAAAUACGUGUAUCCACAUGCACUGUGUGUAUGGCAGUAGUGUCUGUGUUCAGACAAAAGUAAAAUUCAAACUGUUGAAUUUAAAGGUUUCGGGGAGAGAAAUUUAUGAAAAAUAGGCUGUAUAUAUUUGACAUAAAACAUUUCCACUAAGAACCAAAAUUAUAAGAAAAAGUAAUCUUAGCUCUAUGUGUAUACUUCUUUAUUUAUACCUCUGCAUUUCCUUCUGAGUUUUUCUUGUUCAAAUGCAGCUUAGGUUUAAAACAAAAGAACAUUUUGUGAUUCUAAAUGACCCUCAGUAAAUAUAAGCAGUCUAGUAUGGGUGAAUUUCUCAGCAUAAGAUCCACAUACUGAGAAAAUUUAUUAAAAAUGGCUGCUCUUCAAUUUUACUGGUAAUUAUACCUAUUUAAGCAUUAGUUGGAGAUUUUGAUUUUUACUGAAACUUGCUUGCUUUGAGCAGACCAGGUCAAGGGGAGAAGAGAAAAAAGUUCCUUUAAAUAAAAGAAUAUCACUUUUAACUUACACCAGUUUCAGGGCACACAUCCAGAAGAGCUUCUGGGUAUUUGUAAGAUGUCUGAAAAUUUUUGAGUAAAGUAUUAAACUUUUCAACGUCUGUAUCAA